UAGUGAGCAAGUGUAUAGUUGUCUAUGCCAGCAGAUGUAAAUGGGCUGUUUACAGUCCAAAACUGCUAAUAUUAAGUCCACCAUCCAAGAAUCUCCUUCUAAGGACGACCACACCCCAACAGAUCUUGCUAAUGGGGAUCAAGAUAAAGUGCCAGCAUUCAAGGAAUUUGGUCUUGCAGAACUCCGAGCUGCAACAAAUGGGUUUAGCAGUGAAUUGAUAGUUUCUGAAAGUGGUGAGAAAGCACCCAAUGUAGUCUACAGAGGGAAACUUCGCAGCAACUGGCUAGUUGCCAUAAAGCGCUUCUCAAAGCAGUCAUGGCCUGAUCCACAUCAGUUUGUGGCAGAGGCUGCUGGAGUGGGCAAGGUUCGACAUAAGAGAUUGGUCAAUCUAAUUGGUUGUUGUGCUGAGGGAGAUGAAAGACUUUUGGUGGCAGAGUACAUGCCUAAUGAUACGCUGUCAAAGCAUCUCUUUCACUGGGAAAAACAGCCCUUGCCUUGGGAGAUGCGAGUCAGAGUUGCAUACCAUAUUGCACAGGCUCUAGAUCAUUGCAAUGCCGAGAACAAAAAAAUAUAUCAUGAUUUGAAUGCUUACAGAGUUCUUUUCGAUGAGGACGGUGACCCUCGACUAUCUAGUUUUGGCCUUAUGAAAAACAGUAGAGAUGGAAAGAGUUAUAGCACUAAUCUGGCCUAUACGCCUCCUGAGUUUUUGCGGACAGGCAGGGUCAUUGCGGAGAGUGUAAUAUACAGCUAUGGGACUGUUCUACUGGACCUUUUGAGUGGAAAACAUAUUCCUCCAAGCCAUGCAUUAGAUUUGAUAAGGGGAAAAAAUAUGUUGUUACUAAUGGAUUCGUCCUUGGAAGGACAAUAUGCCGAUGAUGAUGCUACUGCAUUGGUUGAGCUUGCGUCAAAGUGCCUCCAGUAUGAGGCUAAGGAUCGGCCUGAUUUCAAGUUCAUUCUUAAUGCUGUGGUACCCCUGCAGAAGCAAGGGGAGGUCGCAUCAUAUGUUUUGAUGGGGCUAACAAAAGCUCCAGUGGUGCUACCGACCAUGCUUUCUCCCCUUGGAAAGGCUUGUGCAAGAAUGGACCUUACUGCUGUUCAUGAUAUCUUGCUUAAAACAGGUUAUAAAGAUGAAGAGGGUGCAGAAAAUGAGCUCUCUUUCCAAGAGUGGACACAGCAAGUUCAAGAUAUGUUAAACACCAAGAAAUUUGGGGAUAUUGCUUUCAGGGACAAGGACUUUAAGAGUGCAAUUGAUUGUUAUUCAAAGUUAGUAUCUAUGAUGCCUGCUCCUUCCGGGACUGUUUUUGUGCGGCGAGCCCUCUCGUAUUUGAUGGAUGGCCAGCCAGAACUUGCAUUGAGGGAUGCUAUGCAAGCUCAGGUCUGCUUGCCCGAGUGGCCUAUUUCAUUCUAUAUGCAGGCUCUUGCCCUCUCCAAACUUGGAAUGGAAACUGAUGCGCAAGAUAUGCUAAACGAUGGAGCGUCCUUCGAAGCAAAGAAGCAGAACAGUUGGCGCAACUGACUGUCUCACAAGUAUAAAAAUCCGGAAUCUCUGAUUCUACUUCCAAAUUGGAGCUUACUGCUGGAAGGAGUUGAUGAGGAAGGAUUAUUGCGAACCAAAACUGAUGUCGAGAUGGGGUUACAUUUAUUUCAACCUACCCUCUGCUGUAGCCAACAUAGUACCAUACAGAAAUGUAAAAAAAAAAAAAAAACAUCCGCCUGGUGAAAACCCUUGUAGUUUAGUUUCCGACGAACGCCAAUUGUUAGUUUUUGGAACUAAUUCUAGAGAGCUCGCCAUUAAAUAUUCUGUUCAGCGGUUCAAUUCCUACCGAGGGGUGUACAUUUAAGGGUGUGAUUGUAUCUUGCAUGUUGACCAUGAUUAUGAAGAUAGAGGUUCUGUUUUGUUAAUGUAUUUGAGCGGUAGAAUGAAUAAAUUCAACAAGAUGCUACAUUUUUUGGAAA